GUGCCGAGGAAGGACUCGCUGCCAGGGUUUAUUAGGUCCUUGUUUAAGCCUAGAGAGUGAAAACCUCAUAAGGAGCUGCCGGCAGACCGGGCGGGGACACUCCGGACUCCGAAGUGACGAGGCAGCAGUUUCCUCCGGCCGCCCCACUCGCCAUGUGUGUCACUCACCCAGCCCUAUGAUUCAUCUUCUCAGCCGCUAAAAGCCUCCAGCUACUCCAGAGCCGCUGCCCAUCACUCCUGGGGGGCUGGUCCACGCAGUGCCCCCACCCCGGGGCUCAGAGAAGAUGGGUCAGCUCUCCGUGCCGCUCGGGAUCCUCCUGCUCUGCGCUACUGGCAACUGGGGGGGCAACAUCUGCACCACCCGUGGGGUGAACUCCUGCAAGCAGUGCCUGGCUGUCAGUCCCCUCUGCGCCUGGUGCUCUGCUGAGGUCUGGGCACAGUCAACCCCUCGCUGUGACCUGCGUGCCAACCUCCUGCACAACGGCUGCAGGCAGGACCACAUCGAGUCCCCCAGCAGCAGCGUCACCGUCCUGGAGGACCGGCCCCUCAGCAACAAGGGCUCAGGGGGGUCCACCACCACCCAGAUGAGCCCCCAGAGAAUACAGCUGAACCUGCGGCCAGAUGACUCCCAGGUCUUUCAUGUCCAAGUGCGUCAAGUGGAAGAUUACCCUGUGGACAUCUACUACCUCAUGGACCUGUCUAACUCAAUGAAGGAUGAUCUGAGGAACAUCCAGAACCUGGGCACAAAACUGGCCAGUGAGAUGCGUAAGCUCACCAGCAACCUACGCAUCGGCUUCGGGGCCUUUGUGGACAAACCCAUUUCCCCCUACAUGUACAUAUCUCCUCCAGAAGCCAUCAAGAACCCUUGCUAUGAGAUCGGGGAAACCUGCCUGCCCAUGUUUGGGUACAAACACGUCCUGUCACUCACGGAUGAGGUGACUCGCUUCAACGAGGAGGUGCGGAAGCAGAGCGUCUCCCGGAACCGCGAUGCACCUGAGGGCGGCUUUGAUGCCAUCAUCCAGGCCACCGUGUGCGAUGAAAAAAUUGGCUGGAGGAAUGAUGCUUCCCAUCUGCUCGUCUUCACCACGGAUGCGAAGACUCACAUCGCACUGGACGGGCGGCUGGCUGGCAUCGUGCAGCCCAAUGAUGCCCAGUGCCACAUCGACAAGGAUAAUUUCUACUCUGCCACCACCACACUGGACUAUCCCUCUCUGGGCCUGAUGACUGAGAAACUCUCACAGAAGAACAUCAAUUUGAUCUUUGCUGUGACAGAUACGGUUGUUGGCCUCUACCAGAACUACAGCGAGCUGAUCCCAGGCACAACUGUGGGCACCUUGUCCAGAGACUCCAGCAACGUCCUGCAGCUCAUAGUGGACUCCUAUGGGAAAAUCCGCUCCAAAGUGGAGCUGGAGGUGCGUGACCUCCCUGAAGAGCUGUCCCUGACCUUCAAUGCCACCUGCCUCAACGAUGAGGUCAUCCCUGGACUCAAGUCUUGCAUGGGGCUCAAGAUCGGGGACACGGUGAGCUUCAGUAUCGAGGCCAAAGUGCGGGGCUGCCCCCAGGAGCAGCAGAAAUCCUUCACCAUCAAACCUGUGGGCUUCAAGGACAGCCUGACGGUGGUGGUGAACUUCGACUGCGAGUGCUCCUGUGAGAGCCGCGCCGAGACCAACAGCCCGUCCUGCAGCCAUGGCAAUGGCACUCUGGAGUGCGGCGUGUGCCGCUGCAACCCCGGGCGCCUGGGCUCACACUGCGAGUGCUCGGAGGAGGAGUAUAACCCCUCACAGCAGGACAACUGCAGCCCUCGGCCAGGCCAGCCCCUGUGCAGCCAGCGUGGCGAGUGCAUCUGCGGGCAGUGUGUGUGCCACAGCAGCGACUUUGGGAAGGUGACGGGCAAGUACUGCGAGUGCGACGACUUCUCCUGUGUUCGCUUCAAGGGCCAGAUGUGCUCGGGCCAUGGGCAGUGCAGCUGUGGGGACUGUCUGUGCAACUCAGACUGGACAGGAGACUACUGCAACUGCACCACGCGCACGGACACCUGCAUGUCCAGCAACGGGCUGGUGUGCAGCGGCCAUGGCUCCUGCGUGUGCGGCCGCUGCGAGUGCACCCAGCCCGGCUCCUACGGCGACACCUGCGAGAAGUGCCCCACCUGCCCGGACGCCUGCACCAUCAAAAAGGAUUGUGUGGAGUGCAAGAAGUUUGAGCGGGGAAAGCUAGUGGAGCAGCAGUCCUGCAGCCGCAUGUGCCGUGACGAGAUUGAGACGGUGCAGGAACUGAGUGACAGGGGCAAGGAUGCUGUGAACUGCACCUAUAAGGAUGAGAAUGACUGUGUGAUGAGGUUCCAGUACUACGAGGACUCCAGUGGCAAGUCCAUCCUCUAUGUCAUCGAGGAGCCUGACUGUCCAAAGGGGCCAGACGUCCUGGUGGUCCUGCUCUCGGUGACAGGUGCCAUCCUGCUCAUCGGCCUUGCUGCCCUGCUCAUAUGGAAGCUCCUCAUCACCAUCCACGACCGCCGUGAAUUCGCCCAUUUUGAGGAGGAGAAGGCCAGGGCCAAGUGGGACACGACCCAUAACCCUUUAUAUAAAGAGGCCACAUCUACCUUCACCAACAUUACAUACCGUGGGAACAUGUAAGGAUGCCACAUCCAGCACUGGCCAUGGGAUCAGCUGAUGAUCCUGGGAUCUCCUGGAACCCAGUUUACAGAAGAGCUUGUUUGUGUCUGCCUGUGUGAAUGACUGCAUGUGAUUUAACAAGUCCCUGACUGCCUCCAACCCCUAUUGUCUGUCACCCCACUGUAACUGCAGGGACAUUCUUUCCAUGGCAACCUCGGUCCUUACCUCAGCGGGUCGCUCGCAAAGCCACCGGCCCCCCCAAACACUGAACACAGAGAAAUGGGAUGAUCUCUGUCAGUCUGUGAACUCUUCGGUGCUCAUCGGGCCAUGGGCAUUUCAGGAGCAGCUGCUUGAACCACAUGCUGAGCUGUGUUCUCCUCCACAGCGUGUGCUGGUGAAGCUCUGCUCACUUGGAGUCCCCUUCUGCACUGGCCUCGGUCCCUCUGGGCACAGGGACCUUCUCCUUUGGGACAGAGCAGCUGCCAGCAGCAGGAGCCAUCGCUGGCUUUGGGGAUUCAGGACACUGCUCGAGCAGCCCAGCAGCUCCUUUCUUCUUGCAGCCAUAUGUCACUGGUGCUGCUGUGACCCAGGGUGGUAAAAAGCUGUGCCCCGCAUAACAGUGCCCUCCCUCGCUCCCUCCAAUGCAUUCAGUCUAUACCACCUGCCAAUUCCGUGUAGCAUCAGCUGUGCUGGUACCAGCUGCAGCCUGGCUCAGCCCCUGGGAUGGUGCUGAGCUCCUCCUGUCUGCCUCCGCUGUGCCCAUGCCACAGCGCACAUGGAUGUGCCAGCAGCUGCUUCAGGAAGGUCAUGACACCUGAUAUCCCUUGAGCCUGGCCACCUCUCUCCCCUUACUGUGUUUUUUGGACUGUGUAAAACUGUAAAACCUCUGGACUUCUGUGUGGCUAAGGGUUCCAGAAGAGCAGGCAGGGAGGGGUCAGGCUAUGUCCUGCUGCCUGGGGUUGUGUGUCACCCGUGGAGGAAAACAAAGAGCUGUCCCAGGGGCAGUGCUGGGCUGUAAGAGUGCUGCUGCCUGGUCCCUACCCUGCCAGAGCACAUGGCUCAAUUCUCCUCAAUUGCCCCAAAAAGCAACAGUGACCUUGCUCCCAUCGUGGGGUUGGCCCCAACGGCCCCAGCAGCGUGUUGGCUGAGCUGGUGGCCCUGUGUCCCUGUUCCCUGGCUGACCUGUCCCAGCAGUGUGGGAGCAGGGGCAGCAGUUGGUGCUGGGUGGGAUCUGGGGCUGAACCCUGGAGGGGGGCCAGGGAUGGAUGGGCAGCACUAGAGUGCCAGUGAUUCACAUCACAAAAAUAAAAAUAAUAAUAAACAAACAAACAAGAACCAGGGGAAGAAAAAAAAAAAAAACAAACACCACUCAGACUAUGAUCAGUGUGGUCCCCAGCCUGUGUCCAGCUUUCUACUCUGAGGGCAGCCCCUGACAGCCCAGCACAACUAAGGGAGCUGGUUUGAGAUGAGAUGGGUUAACAGAUGGCAGAACCAGGGCAAACUGGGCUGUGGGCCCGCCAUGGGGGUCUCUGUUCUGUUACUGGUUCCCUCCUCAGGGUCAAUAACAAUUUGGGGGUCACAAGGUGGGCCAAAGCCCACAGCAGACUAUGGUACUGGCAGCACCUCACUCGCAUGCAAGUGGAGUGAACCCCAGCAUGCAACAUCCUGUUUGCUUGGGUCUCUGACACCCCACACAUGCCCAGUGCUACCAGGUGCUCCCAACCCACACUGUAUUCAGGCACCUUGGGCAGUGUUCAGUGUCCCUGGCUGUGCCAGGCAGGGGCUCAGUGGGUGAUUUCAGCACCCAAGUGGAAUCUGGGCUUGAGUGGAGUUAGGCCCAGCUUGGUUUGGCCCCAGGCUGAGCAUUUUGUCUACUGGCUGGCUCAGGGAAAGGCAAAGGCAAAGGCAGAGCCUGGCUACAACAUGAAGAAGCAGGAUGAGUUCCCCUCAGGCUUCCAGGGACUGCUUCCACUGGAGAAACCCCAAUGAUUCCACAUAUGC